AUGUUAGGACACAAUUUGAAGACGGCCCUGGCCGUGUCAUUGCUGGCUAGCUCUGCGGCAGCAAUCGAUUUGAAUAUCAAAGAUGAGCAAUCAAUCAAAGAUGCCGCCAAAACUGCCGCGUCGGGCGCGAUGGCCUUUUACUCGAACCGGUCGUCCGAUAUCCCCGGCUACGUGUUCCCGGCCUGGUGGGAAGGGAGUGUGCUUUUCGGCGUCAUGAUGCAAUACUGGUCUUUGACUGGAGAUGACUCUAACAACGACGUCGUGAGCGAGGGAAUGUAUUGGCAGCGCGGGUCCGAUGACAAUUACAUGCCCAGCAACUUCAGUUCGUUCCUGGGUAACGACGACCAGCUCAGCUGGGGCCUUGCUGCGAUGACCGCCGCAGAGCUGGAUUAUCCCCAGGAAUCAUCGAUGCCGUCUUGGGAGUCACUCGCGGCGAAUGUUUGGGAUACUGUCGCCGCCCGGUGGGAUACGGAUAACUGCGAUGGGGGUCUGCGGUGGCAGAUCUAUACGUACCAGUCUGGUUAUACUAUGAAGAAUGCGAUUUCCAAUGGUGGACUGUUCGCUCUUUCGGCACGACUGGCUCGGUUCACGAAUAACCAGACGUAUGCGGACUGGGCAGAGAAGAUCUGGGAUUGGAGCGCGAAGGUGCCCCUUCUUAACGAGAAGUCCUGGAAAAUUGCCGAUUCGACCUCGUGCGAAGAUGACUGCAAUGAGGCUGGUAAUAUACAGUGGAGUUUCAAUUAUGGCUUGUACAUGUCCGGAGCUGCCUAUAUGUAUAACCAGACCGAGGGAAAGAGCAAGUGGAAGGAUGGCCUGACUGGUCUCCUCAAAACAUCCCAGAAGCAGUUCUUCCCUACGAAAUAUGGUGGAAAGAUCUUGUCUGAAGUCACAUGCGAACCGUCUGAGCAAUGCAACGAUUACGAAUUGCUUUUUAAAGGUCUCUUCGCGCAAGAACUAGCCUUCAUCGCCCAGGUCGCGCCAUACACCGAAUCCGAUAUCUUGCCCUUGCUGCAGGGCUCCGCUGUUGCGGCAGCAAAGUCCUGCACUGGUGGUAAGGACGAUGAUCUUUGCGGCAGCACGUGGUCUAGCUCAAAGUACGAUGGGAAACUUGGCAUAGAGAACCAGAUCAGCGCGACCGCUGUCUUGAUUGCCAACCUGAUCACUUUUGAUCAAAUGACACUCGCAACACAAUCAACUGCGAAGAGCAAUGCUUCCAGCACGACCAGUGGAUCGCCGUCUUCCACUAGCGAUGGGACUAUAGUCAUCACCAAGACUGCCAGUGCUAGCGGCAAGGGUGAUGGCAAUGGCGCCGGUAUGCUCGCCAGCGGGCCCGUCGUGCUUGUUAGUGCGAUGGUCAUGGGUGUCCUGUCCAUCCUUUAA